ACUACAGGUGAAUGAGAUCCCCAAAUCAGGUCUCCCAUAAAGGGAAGGAGAGUUCUUUGCUCUCCGAAGGACAAGACCUGUUCCACCUUUGCUGAGUGCGUCCACAUGGACAAAUGACCACACGUGGUAGCUGAUCCGGUGGAGAGCCCGGAACAAUAAUCUGUUCACCGGACAGCGGAACGCUGCCCUUAAGGGUUUCGAAGCAUGUGCUAAAGAGAUGGGGGUGGAGGGGAUAGUCCCCAUCCUUGCCCUCAAGAAGAGGUGGGAGAAUUUGAAGCAGAAGUAUAAAGAGCUGAAAACCCCUAAAACAGAAGGAGGGGAGAUGACAGCUGCUUCCUGUUUUAUGGAUGAGGUGCUUGGGGCCAGCCAUAUCAUCACCCCGCUGGCCCUGGCAUCUUCAUCCUCCCAGGGAGCAGCUGUCAUGUCCUUUCCCUCACAAGAGCAAGUGGCUGCCUCUGUCUCCACCUCAUCCUCCACUACUUCCUCCGACUCUGCCUCCACUACUUCCUCCACCUCCUCUCCUGCCACUGGCUCUGCUCCCAGACCCAGCACCUCCUCUCUUUCCUCCUUCUCCCACUCCUCCACCUCCACUCCACUCCACCUGCCAAAAGACGGAGAAGGCCACCACCGUGGAUGAGACUGUUCGAGCAGAUGGAGAGAAGGGACGAGGCAAAGGAGAGAGAGGAGAGGCUGAUGAAUGAGAUGAGGGCAAGGGAGGAGUGAUUAGAGAGGGAGAGGAGAGAGGAGCAAGCGAGGAGGGAUAGGGAGACCAGGGAGAGGGAUGAGCGGUUUGCUCGGGAGGCGGCUGCCUGGGAAGAGCGCUUCUUAAAUAUUUUAUCACGAUUUUUGAAAUAAUGUUUAUGUUGGCAAGUUUGUUUGUUAUUUGUGCAUUUAAAGCCACUUUGUGUUAUUUGUUCAUCCAGUGAAACUGAAGAAUUUAUUUUGUCAUUUGUUAAAUAAAUAAUUUAUUUUGUA